AAGCCAAGCCAGGUUCGAAGGCCAUGAAAAUGGAGUUAUUGGACUUGCUAAUAUAAUAAUUGCUUGGCUUGGCUUGGUUUGGCUUCGCUUAAAAUCUAGCAACCACCGUUGUCCAAACUCAAUUCAAUUCCGUAUAUGGCAAAGGGUCGAAAAUUCAGCACCGCGACCCGAAGCGAGCGCUUCUUGGGAACAACCUACAACCAAGGCUCCACCGCCACCGACCCAUCCGAGCUCAGGGAAGAAGAUCUCUGGUCCACCGCCGAAGACCGUGAUCGUGACGCCGACGUCAAUGUCUCUCCCGGCGAGUGGGAGCCACGUGCACAACCGCGCCGUAGAAACAGGGAACAGGGCCACCGCCACGUGGGCGGUCUGUCCCUGGCGUUCGAGGAUCCGGGGAGUAAUGCGUCCUCGAGGAUCGUGCAUCACCAGUACAGGGCGCACGAUGCCGUUUCGUCGCCACGUGGACACCACAUGGCCACGUCAGCGCCGGUGAACGUGCCUGACUGGAGCAAGAUACUCCGAGUCGGCUCGGUGGAAUCGCUGCAUGAGAUGGACGACGGUUUCGACGACAACGAGUCGGAGAUGGUUCCGCCACACGAGUACUUGGCGCGUAGCCGUAAGAUGGCGGCAAACUCGGUUUUCGAAGGUGUGGGUCGUACGUUAAAGGGUCGCGACAUGAGGCGGGUUCGCGACGCGGUCUGGAGCCAGACCGGGUUCGAUGGCUGAGCCGCUCAGGUUUUGUAGUUGAAUUCAUCGGUAUUAAUUAUUAAGGGUGGUGAUUAAUUUAAACAUUUUGAAAAAAAAGAAAAAAGAAACAAAUAGUUUUAGUUUUUUUUUUGGUUGUUAUUGAAAUUGGAUGGGUCAUGGGUGGGUAUUUCUGGGUAAUGAUUGGGUUGGGUUAAGAGAGUCCAACUCUGUGGCUAAUGAUAAAGAUCGUUCUCACUUCUCAGACUAUAUGACCACUGUAAUCCCGGUUUUGGAUAAAUCUGUAUUCUAGUUACCUCAUAAGGAAGAAUAUGAGAUCAUGAAAUCUGUUUUUGGAUAAAUUUGUAUUCCAGUUCACUCCUGUUCGCUGUAAACCCACAACAAACAGAAAGAAAGAUAACGCAUUUGAAGGUUGGAUGAGAACCAGACAAACAUUAAGCAUGAAGCAUGAAAUAUCGUCUAACUAAAGAAAGUAUGUCCCAGGGGAACUUUGAUUGGUUGGUUGUUAUGCAGGUA